AUGAAAUGGCUGCAUCGACGGAGAAAGACUUGGACCAAAUCAAAGAGAUUACAACGACAUGUCCAAUCUGCUUUGAAACUUAUAAGACUCCAAGGAACCUGCCAUGUUUACACACAUUUUGUCACAAUUGUUUGGGCUCAUACAUUAUUUCCACGUGCAAGACCAAGCAGAAUCCGGUAGGAUUUCCAUGUCCGAUUUGCAGACGUUUUGUACCUGCCCCAACAUUCACUGCAGGGGUAGAAAAGUGGGCUGAACUCGUGCCUAUCAACAAAAUGGUAAAUAUGUUAAAGGAAAAAUUUUGCGAUGCAUGUAAGCGAGCAGACGAGGAGGAAGUGGCCAGUGAUUGGUGCAAGUCAUGUCUGGAAUCCCUCUGUGGCCCCUGUGCAAAGGCUCACAAAAGAAAUGUUUUUACUCAAAAGCAUGAACUGAUUCCAAUAGAGAACAUUCAGAAAGUUUCCAAAGAAAGUGAGAGUCAUGAAUUAGUUGAUGUCUUUUGUCGUGAGCAUAGCAAUCAAGUAGAGUAUCUCUGUGUUGACCACGAGGAGUUAAGUUGCUCUCGGUGUGUGUGCACCAAACACAGGAAAUGCACUCAAGUUGAUGCCAUUGAAGAAGCUGCAGAAGGCAUCAGAAAGUCUGAAACACUAGACGUUUUAUCUCAAGAAAUAUCAAAUUUUGAAGCUACACUUGUCAACGCUAAAUCAGAGACAGAAAACGCCAUACGAUACAUUGACGAUACAUCAGACAAAAUCAGAGAACACUCUACAGAGCUUAGAAAUAAAAUUGUGAAACAUGUUGAUGCACUGCUAGAGGACCAUUUAUCUGAUCUGGCUAGAAAUGUCAAGCAACAAAAGGACAGGUUAACCAGUUUUGAAGAUGCUGUGUCAGACAGGCAGCUUUUGAUGGCUCAGUAUUUACAAACUUUGAAAGGUGCAGAGAAAACACCUUCAUCUGUACUUAUACAGGAGUAUUUCAAGAUCAAAGGGCAAUUCCGACAUGUCGCCAGAUCGGAUCUUUCCAAAUUGAGAGUAAAAAUGCACUCGGAUGUUUCCAAGGACUUGACAGGCAUCCUAGAGGUUACAACGUUUGCAGAUUUUAAGACAGAGACAAAGUCUAUACCACUGAAUGAGAUUGAUUUAAUGUGUGCCAAAAUAAAGUUGGUUUAUGAACUGGGUGAAUCAAAUGGGUAUGUUACCGGUGGUUGCUUUUUAAAAAAUGGGGAUAUCAUUUUGGUUGAUCACAACAAAUGUCAGCUACUACAUUACAACAAUAAAACACUUGUACGUAAAGCAGAUCUUGAAUCUCAACCACAGGAUGCAGUAUGUCAAAAUUCUUCUCAACUGUUUGUUUCAAAAAACAUUUCCAGAAAGAAAUCUAAAUCUGAAGGAUAUGUCGGGAAAUUUAAUCUUGAGAAGUUUGAGAAUGUUGAAGGUCAUAUGCCUACAAACAGUUCUGUUUAUCAAUUAGCUGUAACUUCGGGGUAUGUAUAUGCUGCUUGUUUAAGUUUUAUUGUCAAAUUUGAUUCAAAAGGGAACAUCGUUCAGCAGUAUGAUGGGGUUGAAGACUGGACCUACUCCGUAGCAGUUAACAACAGGGAUGAAAUAAUUAGCUCAGGUUUGUGGACAAACCGUGUAAUUGUCAUGGAUAAUUCUGGAAAGAAAAUUUAUUCCUAUUCUCAUGAAAAUCUUAAGCAGCCAUGCAGUCUUAGUGUGAACUGUUCCGGAAACAUAUUUGUUGCAGGUCAGUGUAGCAAUAAUAUACACGUUUUGACGCCAAGAGCUGAGUUAAUGAAGAUUUUUGAUGUUGUUUCACCCAGGUUUAUCAGAUUUAAAGAGAAUUCUCAUGUGUGUUUAGUUAGGUCUAACAACAGUACAAAAGUGUAUGAAUUUCAAGAAGAUUUGUAGUCAUACUUUGUGCAUCAAGGACCAAAUCUUGAUUAUAAAUGAAUAAGAGAUAAUUAAGCGGGGAAAAAAACCGUGAUGCUUGCGUUUAAAAACGAGAUCUUAAAGUCAAGCAAACUCAAUUUAAAAGACGUCGGAACUGUGAAUAUUGGUAUUAGGAUCUAGUAAAUGGUGUAAUAUGUGUAUAUUGACAUGAAUAUGAGAUUUCGGCAGCUUAUAUCUGUUGUAGAGAAUAUACAUUAUGUAAUGAAGACUUAUUCUUAAACAUGUGACAAAGCUCACAUACAUGGCCGGUAUAUUUUGCUCAUAUAAAUAAUUUAAAAUAGUUUUACUGUCAGUGAAAUAUAGGAUAAAUAAAUAUUAAAGGACUAUAUAUGAUAUGGGCCUAAAAUGGCCCCCUAAAAUGAACAUCACCAUUUUACUGUAAUUCUUUGUUUUCUUUGUACGGAUAUAUAUGUGAUGUUUUUACAUAAUGUUCAUUUUGCUUCAACUGCCCACAAUUUAGAAAUAUGACAUCGUAAAGACAACCAUUUCCCGCCAUUUUGGCAUUUUUAGCAUAAAACAGCUUGUUUUCAAGCAGUUUUUCUUUCAGAAAACAUAGAGCGCAUGCUUGAACAAAAAAAAAUAUUUUGAUUGAGUGACAUAAAAUUUUCCUUGUUCAAGCAUGUGCUCUAUAUUUCCCAUUCAUAAAGAAAAAAUGUCAAUUUUUGACUGAUUUUGAUUGAAUUUUAGAAAUAUUGUCACUUCCGACUGCCAAUGAGUGGUAAUAUAUUAAAUAAAUAGGUGAAAAAUAUAUUUCACAUUAACUCUUCUAAAAUAUAACAUAACAUGUUAUUGUACCGGAAACACUUUAAAUUUAAUUCAUAUCAUACAUAGUUCUUUGUACAUUUUAGUGAAUUAUUGUCAUAAAUAGUAUUCUUAUUGAAGACUUGUCUAUUUUCUUUUAUAAUUAUCGUCUAGUCUUUUGUUCUGAAAUGUUAAAGUAUACCCAAAACAAAAUCAAUAUGGUUUCAAUUGGGGUGAUAAUUCAGAAGGGAUUUAAUUUUUUAUACGAAAUCUGAUGCUUACUUAUUCUGUAUAUGGUUGAAGUUUUUGAAAUUGGAACAAAAAUAUAAAAUAUUAUUUUCAAACAAUGAUGUUCAAAAUAGUUUUUUUGUUACAGUCUUGAAAUUAUAACUGAAUAACGUUAACUCAAAUUUUUCGAAGGUGCAAGGUGUUGUAUAGCAAAAAAAGUAAGUAAAAGUGAAUGAAAUAAUUAUAAGUUAGAUAAGAAAUGUAAGAAGUGUUUGUUUAUGUUAUAAAUGUUAUAAAUAAAAAUGGAAUUGGCUCUGCAUUAACCACAUUUGAUUUUGUAGUCUUGAUUAAAAAAGUAUGUAAAUUCAUUUCUGUAGUUCAGUCAUUAAACAUUUGACUUCACGUCAGGUUAAGUAUUAUAAACAUAUGUCCAUGAACCCCGAAAAAAGUUGCUGUUCUGAGGUAGGGCCAAGAUUAUAUUUUUGGAGAAAAAACGCAUUAAACUUUGACAUGUAAGUGUUUUUGAUCUUCCGUUAAUGAAAUGCAGAUAAACAUUUAGCCAAACAUGCAUGGAUAGUACAUCUGGACAUAUUUAAGGACUUUGCAGACUUAUACGCUGAAUAAGUCAUGAAUUUUAGAUGCUGAAGUAGAAUAAGACUUUUUGGAGAAGGUUACAGUUUUUGGAGUUGUUAUUUCCAUAUUUGUUAUUACAAGUCUUAUCUUCACCAAACGUGCAUGGGUGGUACAUCUUUUGGUAUUUAUGCAUCUGACAGACCUGAAUGCUAAAUCUGAGCAAUAAGUUUUGAAUGCUGGGGGGUGCUAAGGUUUUUGGAGCAGGUGGCCUUGGAUGGUCCUUUUUUUUGGCUCAAUACCUAUCUUCAGCUAACUUGUAUAAUUAAUGCAUCUUGUGACACUCUACAGGCUUAUAUGCUAGAUCUGUGCCAUAGGUUUCAGAUGCGGGAGGCUAGUUUUAAAGUUUUUGCUUCACACAAAGAUUGCUUAUGACCAGAAAGUGUGUUAUGAUUUGUGCAAGUUAAAGGUCACUGGAAGAAAUUUAUAAUACAUGUAUAAUCUAUGUCUGCUCGAUACCUUCUUAUGGAGAACCAUUGGUUCCUACUUCACAUAAAGUUGCCUGUGACCUAAGGGUGGGUCAUGAUCUUGACCAAAGGUCAUUUGUGCAAAGUCAAUGUAAUAAAAUGCAUAAUUUCUGUCUAGGCCAUAUCUUGUAAUGGGAAAUGAUUAGAAGCUUAAUCUUGACACAAGUAUUUUCUGUGAAAAUAUAUCCUGACCUUCAGAUAGGGUCAUUUGUACAAGUUCAAGGUCGCUGGAAGAGAAAUGGUGCAUCUAAGAAAAAUAACUGAGUUUUUA